AUGAUUUUAGUUCUGGAAUCAGACAUCAAAACAUUCACGACCAAUCUCCGCGGAGAAAUAUUUAUGAAGUAUUAUGAGGAACUCACUCAUAAUCACCCAGGAACUGGUGUCAUGCUCUCUCUGGUGGAUAGCAACUGGGAUCUCACCAUUAGUAUCCCACACCAGCCAGUCAUCGCUACACGGUCAAACUAUGUGAACAUCAUGUGGGGAUAUGCUUUGAACCCCCCUAGCGAGGGCAACUUCAUCAAGAAGGCCAUGUUUGCCUGCUCUGGCAGAGAUUUUCACAGAGGUCCUCUGCCUUCUCGCAAUUCCCUAUGA